CAACAUACAAUGACAUUCUAGACAAUUCUGUGCUUCCAACUUUUUGGCAACAGUUUGGGGAAGGCCCUUUUCUAUUUCAGCAUGACAAUGCCCCCUCUGCACAAAGUGAGGUCCAUACAGAAAUAGUUUGUUGAGAUCGGUGUGGAAGAACUUGACUGGCGUGCACAGAGCUCUGACCUCAACCCCAUCAAACAUCUUUGGGAUUAAUUGGAACGCCGACUGCGAGCCAGGCCUAAUCGCCCAACAUCAGUGCCGGACCUCACUAAUCCUCCCAAAGGGGGCACAAACUCCAUAUUAAUUCCCAUGAUUUUGGAAUGAGAUGUUCGACAAGCAGGUGUCCACAUACUUUUGGUAAUGUAAUGUAUUAUGUCCUGCAAAGAAAAAAACGUAACAUAUGAUAUGAAAUGGAUGAUGUUACAAAUCCAAUUUAACUAUAUGUUACCUAUUUGUUCUGCUUAAGAUCCUAGCGUGCACCUUUAUUUUCAAAUUAUUUAUUUUUACCCCAUUUUUAUCCCCAAUUGGUAGCUAUAGUCUUGUCUCAUCGUUGCAACUCCCGUACGGACUCGGGAGUGGCGAAGGUCGAGAACCGUGCGUACUCCGAAACACAACCCAACCAACUGCUUCUUGACACAAUGCCCACUUAACUCGGAAGCCAGCCGCACCAAUGUGUCGGAGGAAACACUGUACACCUGGCAACUGUGUCAGCAUGAACUGCGCCCGGCCCGCCACAGGAGUCGCUAGUGCACGAUGGGACAAGGACAUCCCUGCCGGCCAAACCCUCCCCUAACCCAGACGACACUGAGCCAAUUGUGCGCUGCCCCAUGGGUCUCCCGGUCGCGGCCGGCUGCGACAGAGCCUGGACCCGAACCCAGAAUCUCUAGUGGCACAGCUAGCACUGUGAUGCAGUGCCUUAGAUCACUGCACCACCCAGGAGGCCCAGAGUGAAUCUUUAAGUGGAAUUGAUUUAGUUCGUGAUAGGUGGGCAAUUUGAGAAUGAGAAUUUAGAGGCAAGAUUGGAUCUAAAUUGUGGCCUUGAUUCCAUUCUGAAGCCUUACUCCUUUCCUCUAAUGGAAAACAGAGUAGAAAGCAUGUUUUUUUGUGUGCAAUGGAACCACUUCUAUUUAAAUUUGUACCAGAGUUCACCGGUUUGUUCUCAAAUUCUGUUCUGUUCAAGAAUCUGUUGUAGAAUCAGUAAUACUCUUCAGAGUGUAGUUGAAUCGAUAUUAGAUGUUCUUUCCUCCGGUUGUAACUAGGUGCUGGGUUGUGGAAUGUGGACACCUGUGGUUUCACACAUUCAGUCUGCUAACAAAAGACAGUUGGGAUGCUAUUAUGACUGAGGGCCAAUAAUCAUAUAAAGUCAUACACCAAUACACUUCUUUUGUUCUUUAAAUCCCUUGAAAUGUCACUAUGCUGCCGAAGAUUAGGAGUUCAGUUUUCCCAUGAAAGAAUCUGCAAGUGACUGAGUGAACUAUGAAUGUGUUUGAAUGACAUGUAACUAUGAUACCAAUAAAGACGUUUAUUUAUUGUAGACUAUUUGUUUGUGAAGCAUUUCUGAAGAUACGUUAGGCUACUAUUUCUAGAUCAUAUCACAUUACUUAUGCCUACUCAUAAAGCAUAGGCUUAUUAAUUACAUGCACUCAACAUUAUAGUUAAACUAAUUUGUGUCAAGGAGAAAAGGCUAAUUGAAAAAAAUCAACGCUCAGUUUGAAGUGAAUUUCGCCACUGAUCCAACCACUCGUAGCGUCUUUCAGAGUUGACACUUGGCUAUCAAAAGGACAACCUCGGAUUCAAUUGCCAUUUGUCAUCAUCCUGCAAACAUCCUCUCUAUGCUCUUUCCCUCUUUUUCUGUAGAGAGCAUUGGGGGAGGAAGGGUGGGCAGACAUCAGAGGCUCCGUUUCCCCUCCCUCUAAAAAGCAUUGUUGAUCUUAUAUCACCUAGAGUGAGAGAGGAAGGCACGUCUACCUCACACAAUUGUAUCCACAUUUUCUGUAGCGCAGCUUUUGAUCUGCAAAUGCUCGAAGGUGCUUCCGUCUUUAUUGAUUUAGAUACAUGAACUUUUCUCUUGUGGAAUAUGAAAAAGUUAUACGCAUAGCCUGUGUGCUUCAUUGUUAUAACAUUGUCAAUGACUUUGUCGCGUAUUCAGAUGUAUUCAACUUGAUGGCUCAAAAUAUAAAAUGAAUUAAGAACUUUACAUUUUACAUCUUGUUGAUGUGGAUCCCAUGAGUGCUUAUUCAGUGCCCCAAUAGUUAUAAUCAAGUGUCAUUCCGCAAGGAUCUGGGAAUGUGCCAGUUCUUAAUUGUCUGGGCAUUUUGCGCUUCUGGUUAUUAUAACAUAUUGGUAGAAUCUUUAGCCUAGCCUGCCUAUCUAUCGAAUAGCGUGAAGAUAAUGACUUAUUUCAUAAUUAUUCGGUAAUCGCCAAUUAAUAGGGUCGUAUGAGAUAUAUCCUAACAAACUAAUCAUUUGAAGGAAUAGGUUGCAAAAAUUGAUCCAUGUUUAAAAUCUAAGAAGACACUGUACCAACUUCUACACUUGUUAAGGUUUUUGUCAAAUUAAAUAGUUGCAUUUCUCUUUCCCGCCUGGUGUAGAUCUAGCCAGCAUGCUGUUAAUUAAAGUGGGAGGACAGAAAGGCUCCGGACGGGGUGAGUGGAAAGCUGAAAAGCCCCUCCCCGCAGAUUGUAGUCUACGAUGCGAUGGUGCUUUAAUUCCAUUGUUUGAGAGGAGCGACGCUCGGUGUGCAUCUGCUGGGAUCAAACAGCCCCGACAGAGAGAUCCCUUUUGUCAUGGAAAUCAGACCCUGACUCUCAGUCACACGUGGGCUUCAGAACUGCUAAAAAGUUGAACAUCCAGCCAGGACUUGUAAUACAGAAUAGAACGGGUCAAGGAGAUGGCGAGGACAAUCUGACCAGUGUACGAUAGGACUGCACGUUUCACUCUCAUCGGCAGGAGGAUAUAUUUAUAUAUAGCUAAUGUGCACAGUCAAUGCGAUGUAGUCUACAGCGUAUGCAGCGCAUAUGCAUUUCUUUUGUCGCGCUUAGUAGGCAAGAAGGUUGAGUUUGUUAUUCUUUUGAAAUGGCAAUCAAGUCAUUUCCGGUAAGUGUAAUUCGCUCUGUAUAUAAUACUUUUUUUGUUUUCAAUGUAUAGAAACUAUAUUUAUCUCUGUUCUGCUAUCGCGUAGCCUGUUUUUCAAAAAUGCUGGAUUUGGCUCUACGGAUGGUUUUCUGUGCGCUGCUCUGUUCUAUUUCUGCGCGCGCAUCCGGGUGCCCUCUUCGUUGCGAAUGCUCUGAAGCUGCUCACACCGUGAAGUGUGUUUCCAAAGACUUGCGGAGUGUCCCGUCUGGGAUACCAGGGUACACGAGGAAUCUGUUCAUAACGGGAAACCAGAUCAGCAGAAUUGGACCGGAAUCGUUCAAAGGGCUGGACAAUAUAACAACGCUGUCACUGAGUAACAAUAGGAUAACAAAGGUAGAGUCUCAGACGUUCUCUGGGUUGCGUUCCCUCCGCUCUCUGGACCUGAGCUCCAACCAGCUGGCUGUCAUCAACCCAGAGGCCUUCACUGUUCCGGGCCACACUCUCAGGGAGCUCAACCUCAGCCGAGCUCUCUACAACCACUCCUCUUUCAUGAACCUGGCUGUGUCUCUUCGCUGGUCCACCCUGGGGGAGAUCCGGACCCUGGACCUGUCAGGGAACAGGCUAAUCUACCUGCCCUCUCACACCUUCUCCUACCUGGGGGGCCUGCGGAGGCUCAUCCUGGCCAACAACUCCCUGGUGGCCCUCCACAAUGGCACCUUCUCAGGGCUGGACUCUCUGGAGCAGCUGGAUCUGACCCUUAACGCUCUGCGGACCGUCCAGGAGGAGGGCCUGGCUGAGCUGGCCUCUCUGCCCCCCGGGGUGAGACUCCUUCUAGGGGAGAACCCCUGGACCUGUAUCUGUGGCAUGGAGCCCUUCGCUGCCUGGCUCAACUCCUCCCAGGGGCAUGUGGGGGACGCAGAGGGCCUGGUGUGUGCCUUCCCCUCAGACAUGAGGAACACCUCUCUGCUGAGGCUGGCGGCUGGACAGGCUGGGGCGGGUGGGGACGGGGUGGAGCUGGGAUGCCACAGGGUGGGUGAGGGGGCGGACCUGGCCCUCCAGACUUCCUACGUGUUCCUUGGGAUUGUCCUGGGCUUUGUGGGACUCGUCUUCCUCUUGGUCCUCUACCUCAACCGGCAGGGCAUCAAGAAGAGGAUCAAUGACAUGCGGGAAGCGUGCACGGAGAUGUUGGAGGGAUACCACUACCACUACGAGCACGACUCCGACCCCAGGCUCUCACAGGUCUCCACCACAGCAGACAUUUGAUGAUAGGACACUCAAGGGGUUCCAUGAUCCUUCUUUCAUAAUCAAAAACACUUUUUCUAUUGCAUUUAUAAGUAGAUAAGAUCAUGUAAAAACUGAACAUGUGAAUUGUAUGUAAAUAUAAACAUACAGUAAGUAUAUGACAGAGUAUUGUUAUUGCUUUCCUAGUAGCUAUGUCCAGGAUUAAAGCAUGCACUCUCUGAUCUGUAGUCCUUCACAACCAGUCCUCACUUUCAGUCCACACAUCGUCUGAGACUGGGGAUUACCCAUGGCUAACAAAUGGGCAUUGACUGUGAAAGAACUGUUGUAUGGAUGGGGGACUGACUGACUGUUCUUCUACAUUGAUUUCUUCUCUGUCUGUCCUAGAAUGAAGUGUCACGUGAAGGAGUUAAACUACAUUUGGACAAUAUCAUUUGUAUGUUAUGAUUCUUGGAACUGAGAACAGAUAUGGAUGAAUAUACUUAAUUCAUGAAGCUGAAGAGUGUUCUUAUACAUUUCACCUGCUAUGACUUUACUUAAGUAUUGUUCUUCGAGAGGAGGUCUUGUAAAUGUAUAUACUAUCGCUACCAAGCUCACAUACAGCAUAACUAAUCAGCUCAUGAGUUGCAAGUUGUGUGACACCAACCCCUGUGAAGCUUAUGCACAAUGGCUAUGUCAGAAAUUGCACCAUAUUCCCUGUAUGGGCCCUGGUCAAAAGUAGUGGACUUAUAAAGGGAAUAGGGUGCCAUUGGGACGCAGACAAUCUCAUUAAACUCUGAGGGCCAGCUCACCCCAGGACUGAGGAGCAUUUCUUUGGUCUUCUAUCCCUCUGCCCCAGGGUGCCUGAAAGGAAUCCCAGCAGAUUAGUCUCCAUAGCAUUCCAAAGGGAGGAGAACCUCUCCUCUAAGAUUUCCUAAAAGCAACUCUCUCUCUCUCUCAAUUCAAAGGGCUGUAUUGGCAUGGGAAACAUAUGUUUGCAUUGCCAAAGCAAGUGAAAUACAUAAUAAACAAAAGUGAAAAUAAACAAAUCAGAAAUGAGCAGUAAACGUUUCAAAGGAAGAGACAUUUCAAAUGUCAUAUUAUUGCUAUGUACAGUAUUGUAACGAUGUGUAAAUAGUUAAAGUAAAAAAGGGAGAAUAAAAUAAUAUGGUUUGCAUUUACAAUGGUGUUUGCGCUACACUGGUUGCCCUUUUCUUGUGGCAACAGGUCACAAGUCUUGCUGCUGUGAUGUCACACUGGUAUUUCACCUAAUAGAUAUGUGAGUUUAUCAAAGAUAAGAUGAGAAGAAACAGGACUGUUCAUUCAGUUCACACUGCACAGCCAAAGUCAUCGAGCAACGGAAAUCUCAAAACCCUCUUUCGCGAAAAUGUGCUUUGUUUUAAGUUCUCUAGUUUUAUUGUCAAGAUGAUGAGAACCAGGAUGAGGCUGGGGCUAUAGGGCUGAGGCUGAAGCUGGGUGUACAUGUGGCUGAGCCAAAAGCAAUCCCUCCUCCUUGAAGGCAACUAGCCAUUCUCUUUAAAGGAAGGAAAGCCUGGCUGGAGCUGCAGCUUUUUCUGUUUAAGGGACAUUUUUCAGUGAUAAGAUACAGAUGAGUGUGGAAUGCCAGCAGCAGAGCAGGCAGCAGUAGUUUCAUUGAGAGGCCAAAGCCUGCUCUGCUCUUAUUAACCAGUGCAGUGGAGGAACUGUUGUCGUCUUCCUACAACAGAAAUAUACAAUUUGUUUAACACUUCAAUUAUAUUUAAUUCCUCUACUGUAAACAGUGUUUUUGACUCAUUUGUGAAGUGAUAGUUGGCUUAAAUGGAUUGGGCGUACAUAUGAAGGGGGUCCGGGUCUCUUUGAGAUGUGCUCUUUGUCAUGAUCUGCGAUGUUUCUGUCAUGAUAAUUGGUCCCAGGUUAAUACUCAGUCUGGUGUGGGAAAACUAGAGGGAGAAUUAAACAACAAAGAACACAUUUCUUAUUGAUUUCUAACUCCAUUUGAUGUUUUCAUUUUGAUUGCAUGUUUUUUAGUUGAAUCAGAAAGCCUGCACAUUGUGUCGAAUCCUUUUAACCAAACUUUAAAUUCUCUAGGCAUAUUGCAGUUAGGUUUUCCUUUUUUAUAUAUAUUUCAGAUAAAAGCCUAUAAGUGUCAGCCCGGUGUUGCCAUAGCCCUGGUCAAAAGUAGCACACUAUGUAGGGAAUAGGGUACCAUUUCAAACAGACACAAUAACUUCCUAAAACAAGAAGGUGCUCUACUCUGCUGUGGUUGAAUUGAACAGAGUUUGACAUUACUUUCUGACUCUGCUGGCUCUCAUCACAGUGUUGUUCCUCAUUAUCCUCCUGCACAAAAGCUGACUCACUCCCUCUGUGGCCGUGGUGAUGUAGGACGUGUCACAGAGAAAGACCUAUCUACGAGCAAAGCUCCACUACUAAUUGCAGGGAGUGCUGCGAGAGAGACAGAGAGAGAAAGUAACUUGAGAGGGGGAGGGAGGAAGAGAGAGAGAUGGGGUGGGGGUUGUGCCUAUCCUUUGUCAUAUUGAAAUGUUAUUCAAAUCUCUCUGGUAGUAAUAAUACAGCAUUGGUUACACAGUGUCAGCCAAUUGUGCUGCAUGAUAAAAAUGAACAAAUAAAGUAUUAUUGAAAGGUA